AUGACUUAUUCCCACAUAGAGACCAUUCCAAGUCCUACGUCGAGCUCGAAUGCACCCUCAAAUACUGCUGUCGCUCCUGCCCCCACGCAUCCACCGAUACCACCUGCAAAUACUCCUGCUCUGCCCCCUGACUUCUCCGAUAUCCCGGCAAGUGUAAUCAGCUGCUGGGAUGCCCAUGCCAGCUAUACUUCAGCCUCUUGGUUCCUCUAUACCCAGCUUUUGAGCAGCGAGAAUUAUACCUGGAAUCCUUGGUCAACCACGUCUUAUUCGUACUCUCCAUAUCUCAACGAGAGAUUCGACUGCAAAACUACGGCGUUGCCGUCUCUUACGACAUUGUGUGAUGGAUUCCCUCGUGCGUCUACAAGCUCGACAAAAUGUCAGACUGUUACUGAGACAUACACGUUCACGAUCACUGGCGAGGCUACAUACUAUACGCCACCAUGGUCUACAGAACUCGAUCAACUGCCAUCUCCAACAUGUACCGUCGCUAGUGACUACGGCGCAUUGUGUACUAGGCUGAAGGACGCAUACAAAUGGCGUACAUCAUUCCUGUCACAGAAUCCUUCCGCCACAGGGUCAAUUGCAGGACCUGGAUGCACAGUUCUCAACGAUGGCACCGUGCCGUCACAGCCUCCAUGCUAUCUUGAAGGAGGAACGUGGGAAGCGUUCUACUGGCCAAGUACUGCAAUUCCCUCAGGAUCGGCAUUUUGCGAUACCAACAGUACAAAUACCACCACCACGUCUGGUCCAGCUAAGACUGCUGUAAUCUCUGGCAUAACCAUGACGAGCCCAAGCGUGUACUACCUGUUACGCAACGCAAUCCUCCAGACACUCACAGGCCAAGCCUCGCUGAUAGGGAACACGAAUACUGCGACUAAAACGGACAUUUUCGCGCCAUCAACAACCGCCUCGCUUCUGACAGUUGCACAGCGCGAGUCCGACAUCGUGACCAUAUCACGUGUAUGUGCGGGCUCCGGUCAACGCCGAUACUGCACUUUUCACGGGUCUCCCGGUUUCUCCGUCGCAGACCUUGCUACCGUGCGGGCCUCAGAGUACUGUGGAUUCUGGGGCUGUGGCGCUAGCGAGACCAUCUACCAGAACGAAUACACGCCUACGCUCGGCAUUCCUGUAAGUGAAGUCGCGGCGCAGAAUGGGGUUUUCGGGGAUUGUGCCUGGACGACACCGGGUAACAGAGUUCGAACUGCGGGGACGGCUGCGUAUAAUGGGGGCACGAUGAAGAUGGAAAAUUGGCAUCCUAUUACGGCAACAUAG